UUGUACACGCGACUUAUGUGACUUUAGGCCUGGUGGGCCUCUCUCUCUCUUUCUCUCUGUCCUCUCUUCCUCUCCCCUCGAUUCGAAAUGGAGAACAAGAAGGAAGCAGAGCUACUUCCACCCCCGCCUCAAAACCCUAACGAUUCCCAACAACUGUCACCACUAGCACCAGCGCAACACCACCACCGCCCACCAAAACGCUUCAUCAAGAACCAAAUCCCCGACUCCAUCACCACCAACCCCGCCCUCGCCGCCGCCAUCUCCCUCCUCCCCUCCAACUACAACUUCGAGGUCCACAAAACCCUCUGGCGGGUGCUCUCCACGGGCGCCAAGCGCGUCGCCCUCCAGUUCCCCGAGGGCCUCCUCAUGUACUCCCUCAUCCUCUCCGACAUCCUCGCCGCCUUCGCCGCCGUCGAGACCUGCUUUAUACUUGGUGACGUCACCUACGGCGCCUGCUGCGUCGACGACCUCUCCGCCGCCGCGCUCGGUGCCGACCUCCUCGUCCACUACGGCCACAGCUGCCUCGUACCCAUCGACUCCACUUCCAUCCCCUGCCUCUACGUAUUCGUCGACAUCAAGAUCGACGUAAGUCGCCUCGUAGACACGGUGAAAGUAAAUUUCAGCAAUCUAAUCAAUAAACAGUUAGUUAUUGCUGGAACAAUUCAAUUUGGGACGGCGAUUAGGGCUGCGAAACCUGAGCUUGAAAACCUAGGGUUUAGGGUUUUGGUGCCGCAGUCGAAGCCAUUGUCGGCUGGGGAAGUUCUAGGUUGUACGGCCCCAACUAUUUCGAAAAACAGUUGUGAUGGUUUUGAGGAAAGUGAUGAGAAUGUGAUAAUAUUUGUGGCUGAUGGGAGGUUUCAUUUGGAAGCCUUUAUGAUUGCAAACCCUAGAAUUAGGGCUUUUCGGUAUGAUCCUUAUAUGGGGAAAUUGUUCUUGGAGGAGUAUGAUCAUAAGGGGAUGAAGGAAUCGAGGAGAAAUGCGAUUGUGAAGGCGAGGGAGGCGAAGAGUUGGGGGAUUGUGUUGGGGACUCUGGGGAGGCAAGGGAAUCCAAGGAUUCUCGAUCGGUUGGAGAAGAAGAUGAGGGAGAAGGGUUUGGAUUGGACUGUUGUUUUGAUGUCAGAACUUUCUCCGUUCAGGAUUAGUUUGUUUGGGGAAUCAGUGGAUGCUUGGAUUCAGAUUGCUUGUCCUAGGCUUUCUAUUGAUUGGGGUGAUGCUUUUGUGAAGCCCCUUUUGAAUCCAUUUGAGGCAGAGAUUGCUCUUGGCGAUUUACCAGGUUGGUGGGAGAGGGAAAAGGCGGCUGAGCCUUUGAAUUCCCAUUGUUGCAAUGGGGAUGGUUUGGAUUGUUCGCAGAAGGAAUCCCAUUGUGCAUGCAACAAUGGGGAUGGUAAAGAUAGGGGAGAGGGCACUGUGGAUUAUCCGAUGGAUUAUUAUGCUCAAGAUGGAGGGGAAUGGAAUUCUUCUUACUCGAAGAAGCAGUCUCGUCCUAUGCGGAGAAAUCUUACAUCUUGUAAUGGUAGUGCUGCUAGUUCUUAAUAAGCUUCAAAUUUUCAUUACAAGUCUGUACUCUCUGAUGAUCAAAGCUUACACGUUACAAGUCAGUGUAGAGUUGAACUCCACUUAUAUAUUGGGGUUGUCGUGUUUGA